AUGGGAGCUCUGCCUAAAACAGCCUUACACAGGAGGAUCCUGGUGAUGCCCCCUGUACCUCCCGUACGUUGCCUCAGCAAGACGGAAUACGCCGGUGGCCAGGAAGCCCCUCGGGGCGACCAGGCACUGAUUGUCCAGCAGUUCCUGUCUGGUCUGUUUUCCAAUUCUGACAAUGCAGGUUCCCAAACCUCCUCAUGGUCUAGCAUGCUGCACUCUAACCCUGGAGAUUAUGCUUGGGGACAAGGAGGUUUAGAUGUGGUCAUCACACAGUUGCUUGGUCAGUCUGAAAAUACCGGCCCCCCUCCUGCCGGGAAGGAGAUGAUCUCAUCUCUCCCCAUCGUUAGCAUCUCCUCAGAACAGGCUGCAUGCCGGCUGGAAUGCCCUGUGUGUAGAGAGGAGUACUCUGAAGGGGAAUCUGUCCGACAGCUGCCCUGUCUGCACUACUUUCACAGCAACUGUAUCGUGCCCUGGCUACAACUGCACGACACCUGCCCUGUCUGCCGGAAAAGUCUGGAUGGUGAAGACCGGGGUUUCCAGCCACAGACCGGACCUCCAGGGGCAAUUCCAUCACCAAUGAAUGUAGAGGAACGUAGCACCUCUGAGACUCUUUAGCCUCUUUUUAAUACCUCACAAUGAAGUGAGCGCACAGUUCACUUUCCCUUACCUGUCAACAGGUGACAUCUGCUCUGCACAUGCAUUCACUCUUUUGAAGGCAUCAUAGAAAGGCAAAGAUUUAGAUAUCUGCUCAAGUUUUGCACUGUAAAACUUUUCAUCAGUUGUUCUUUACAUGUUUUGGGUUGAUAGUUUGACAUUGCUAUGUGUUGCUAUUUUGAAGAUUUGUGGGUUUUUGUGGAUGGCUAGAAAAAGAAACGUAUUUAUUGUAUUCACAAGUUUUGAAGAUGUUUUAGAACUAUCCUUGAUGAUCCUCUUGGUGCUCUUGUCUUAAUUCUCAGGGUUCCUCGAUUGCUCCAUAUUGUGAUAUUGAGACACAGUCCCACUUAUAAGAGUUCACUUCACAAUAUGGAACAUUUUGAGUGUCAUUUGGAAUUUUAUACCAUACUAUCACACAGGUAAAAUGUUUACAAGAGAGAGAGAGAAAAAAAAACUAUGUUACAAUAAGUAACUAGAAAAACUUAACUUUACAUAUCAGCCAACCUGCUACAUAUUGCACUCUCAAAUAAAUAAAAGACUAUUUUUGUUUUUUGGCA